AUGCCUGGAGCUGCCGCCGCCGCCGCGAUGCUCCCGGCUCAGGAGGCUGCCAAGCUGUACCACACCAACUAUGUGCGGAACUCGCGGGCCAUCGGCGUGCUGUGGGCCAUCUUCACCAUCUGCUUUGCCAUCGUCAACGUGGUGUGCUUCAUUCAGCCCUACUGGAUCGGCGACGGCGUGGACACCCCGCAAGCCGGCUAUUUCGGGCUCUUCCACUACUGCAUCGGCAACGGCUUCUCCCGGGAGCUGACCUGCAGGGGCAGCUUCACGGACUUCUCCACGCUGCCCUCGGGCGCCUUCAAAGCAGCCUCCUUCUUCAUCGGCCUCUCCAUGAUGCUCAUCAUCGCCUGCAUCAUCUGCUUUACCCUCUUCUUCUUCUGCAACACAGCCACCGUGUACAAGAUCUGUGCUUGGAUGCAGCUCACCUCCGCUGCCUGCCUUGUGCUUGGCUGUAUGAUUUUCCCUGAUGGCUGGGAUUCAGAUGAAGUAAAACGGAUGUGUGGAGAAAAGACAGACAAGUACACUCUUGGGGCCUGCUCUGUCCGCUGGGCGUACAUCCUGGCUAUCAUUGGAAUACUGGAUGCCCUGAUCCUUUCUUUUCUUGCAUUUGUGCUUGGGAACCGACAAGACAGCUUGAUGGCAGAGGAACUGAAGGCAGAAAACAAAGGUAAGAUUAUUUAA